UUAACAAAACAAAAAAAUGAGAGAAAACAUGAAAUCGUGAUAAAAAUCGUAUGUUUAUAUGAUUUGAUAGGAAAAAGAGUAACAAAAUUUGUAAUUACAUAGGCAACAAUGAGGGUGGCGGAGACAGAGAACGACUAAUGUGGACACGUGUAAUGGAAGGCAUGUGUGAGGCACUUCAUGGUCGUACCAUUAUUGGUCCAUGUGACAGUUGCCAGAAAGAAUGGAUGUUCAACUAGAAUUUGCGUCCUACUGUUUUUAGUUGCCUUCACUGAUCCCCCUCCAAUUACACUAUUAUCCCUUUCGUUUAAAAUCGCUUCAAAUCAUUGAAAAUUAUGUUUAUUGUGCCAUUACCUUCGGUGAAAAUCGUUGGCAUUGUCGUCCAUUAAGAAAAAAGUGAUGACAUUUGCGUACUUUCAAAUUUACCACCACCACAACAAAGGCACAAAUUCAUUGCUUGUCUGUCAUGGUGAUGGAGGUGAGUCUGCACCCAGCACCAACAGAGACAAACAAAAACCACAGAAACUGUGAGCGAUAAAAGAUUGAGAGAGAAACUAUUUCUUUUUGAGCUCUGUUCACUUCGGAGAAAGAAGAAGAAGAAGAGCGGAGAAGCUCUCCGUUUUGCGCAAAGCAAUGCCUGUUAAUGCCAGAAUUCAACGCUAUUCUUAUCUCAAACUCUGACGCUUUUUUUUUUCUUGAAGAUAGAAAAGAAAAAGAACCAACCAAAGCAUAGAAAUAAGUGGAAACGCCUUGGGAGUAGCAGUUGAAACGGAUACUGCGUUGUUCUUUGCUUUGAAAAAUCGAAGAUCUGGAUAGAUCCUGGGAAGCAGCUUUUGAUUCUCAAAUUUGAGCUACGUAUCGCCGAUUCUCUAAAGAAAUCAGUUGUGGCUUUUGUUGAGCAAUGCAAGUUCUUCUUACGGUGACGCUUCUAGCAUAGAAGAGGUGAAAACGAGCGAAUAUCUCCCAUCUGGCCUUUUUUUGGUUUCAGGUUUGAUUGAGAGGAAAGGAUGGCAUCUUCGUGGGAACAUUUCGGAGAAAUUGCAAAUGUAGCCCAGCUCGUGGGCUUUGAUGCGGUGCGCUUAAUAGCUAUGAUAGUUAGAGCUGCAACCGCAGCGCGAAUGCACAAGAAGAAUUGCAUGCGAUUCGCACAGCAUCUCAAGUUGAUCGGUAACUUGCUGGAGCAGCUUAAGAUGUCGGAGCUUAAGAGGUAUCCCGAGACGCGAGAGCCGUUGGAGCAGCUUGAGGAUGCGUUAAGGAGGUCUUACAUUUUAGUGAACAGUUGCCAGGAUAGGAGCUAUUUGUAUCUUCUGGCCAUGGGAUGGAACAUUGUAUAUCAAUUUAGGAAGGCCCAGACUGAAAUCGACCGGUAUUUGAAGAUUGUCCCUCUUAUCACUCUGGUGGAUAAUGCUCGAGUCAGGGAGAGGCUAGAAGCUAUUGAGAAAGAUCAGCAUGAGUACACAUUGGAUGAAGAGGACAGAAGGGUGCAAGAUGUUAUACUGAAACCGGAACCCUCAAAAAAUGAUGCUAUGAUUUUGAAAAAAACUCUUUCUUGCACAUAUCCAAAUUUGUGUUUUAAUGAAGCACUUAAAAAAGAAAAUGAAAAGCUUCAACUAGAACUACAACAAUCACAAGCUAAUUAUGAUGUGCAGCAGUGUGAUGUAAUCCAGCAUUUGCUUGAUGUAACAGAAGUUGCUGCUGCAACUUCUAUUCCGGAUAAUAGUUCAUCCAUGAAAGGGUCUAGGAAGGUAGAAUGUAACAUCUCAGAUGCCGAUAGUGAGAAAGGUUAUUCAUAUGAUGAAAGCUCUCCUAAGAAGUCUGAUUCUCACACAACUUCAAGAAACACAUCUUCAGUUUCAUCAGGACACGAUCUGCUGUCUGAUAGAGGUUCACAUCGGAACAAAGAAUGGCAUGCUGAUUUGCUUGGUUGUUGCUCAGAACCAUAUCUUUGUAUAAAGACAUUCUUCUAUCCUUGCGGUACAUUUUCAAAGAUUGCUACUGUGGCAAUGAACAGGCACAUGUCUUCUACAGAAGCAUGCAAUGAAAUGAUGGCGUAUUCAUUGAUAUUGUCAUGCUGUUGCUACACUUGCUGCGUUAGAAGGAAGCUUCGCAAGGCGUUGAACAUUACGGGUGGAUUUGUUGAUGAUUUCCUCUCACAUUUGAUGUGUUGCUGUUGUGCCCUUGUUCAAGAGUGGAGAGAAGUAGAGAUACGUGGGGUUUAUGGUCCAGAGAAGACUAAAACAAGCCCUCCACCAUCAAAAUUUAUGGAAUCAUGAGUGACAGGACUGAAAGGCUUAUUUCCAUUGAAGGUUGAUAAAGCCGAAUAUAGAAUAUAGCCUCUAGUGGCCACUGUUAAAUUGAAACUGUACUGUGAUUGCUCCCUUGCCUUGGAGUCUGCAGACAUGUACUUUAGUCCAAUUAUAUUUGGAGAUUCAGCACAUGUUGUAUCAUACACUAUUUUCAAUGGUAUAGUGGUUUUUGGAUCCAUUUCUUCGUUAGAGAUAGAGACACAACUACUAAAAUGAAUAAUAAAGACAUUAAUAUAUAUUUUUUGAAAACAGAAAGAUGUUAACAUAUUAAGAUUAAACAAGGUUGAAUUUACCAUACGGCCGCGUCUAAUCUUUUUCACAAAGGUUAAAAUAAAUCGGUGAAAGCCCCUUUAUUUCUCCUAGUUGGUCUAGGCCUAAUGACAAAUCCUUUAUUUGGUUUACGUUCCCUUCGCAUCCCCCACGUGUCAACAUAUGAGUGGUCCGCUGAGAACAAACACAAUCAAGAGGCACCAUGUCUAAAAGAAACCAA